CACACACUACUCAGUGUCUUUGAGUUUCCUUUUGUAGAUACUUUCAAUGCGGAAACAGCCGAUAUAUAAAUCUUUCCCUUUUAUAAAUCCUCGGCUCAAAAUUUCCACCAUGGGAGCUGCUUCCUCUAACGCUCUCUGUUCUUCUUCAAUCAUCACCAAAUCGCCUCCAACAUCACCGUUUCUCACUAAAGUUGCAAUAACCCAUUUUCGCAAACUCCCUCGAAGGCUAAAAAGCGACGCCUAUUUCAGAGUUUCUGCAAAACCCAUUCAUUCUUUUUCUUUCAACGCAAACGACAAGGUCGUGGCUUGGAACAAAGCGCCAGAUGUUGUUAUCAGUGGCGAUGGAAAAGCUGAAACCUUUGGGUGCAAAGAUAAGGUCGUAACAGUGGUUGUUUUGGGAUGGCUAGGGGCUAAAACCAAGCAUUUAAAGAGGUACGUUGAAUGGCACAAUUUAAGAGGAAUCCAUGCGGUUACUUUUGUAGUAGAUGUUAAGGAAUUGCUAUGGUUUGAUCUCGGUGUAAGGCUCGAGCAGCGUAUAUCUGAAUUGAGAAAUGAGUUGGCCAAGUGGGUUUUGGAGAAAGAGGAAUAUGGUCGUGAAAGGUGCUUCAUUUUCCAUGCUUUUAGCAACACUGGCUGGUUGAUAUAUGGUUCACUUCUUGAUAGCUUUCAGAGAAGAGAUGGAUUGAGAGAGAAGAUAAAAGGAGUGAUUAUUGAUUCAGGAGCAGCUGACCCUUUUAAUCCUAAGGUUUUUUUUUUGUAUGUUGAUUCUUUGAGUUCUAAUUUUGAUGCUUUGGUGUUAAGUAUAGUUUUUGACUUAUGA